AUGGUUUACGUAAUUUACGGCGUUUCGUUAAAACGCAUUAAUUUUAAGGAUUUAAAAUUAGCAAAGGCCCGGGCCAAGCACGUUAAAAACCAUAAAUUUAAACGCCUGGCUUGGCAAACGAUUUUUUCGACCGAAAAAAAAAAGGUUCGUUUAAAAGCUUGGCAAGGCAAAAGCAAAGCUACGCAAAAAUUUAAUCCCGAACCUUUCCAAGCCUUUUCGGUUUUUACCGAAGCACCAUUAUUUGCUUAA